AUGUCCGGCUCAGUCGCAACCGCCCGCCCAACACAGGCUCUGCGAGUGCGCCGCGAGUCUCAACGCCCAGCAGCUGCCCGCACUGGCACCAAGCCGCCCGUCAUGGACGACCAGGCGACGAAGCCAGACACGAGGCGUUACGUCAGCAAGCAGGUCGAUGUCCUGGCCAAGUACAGUGGGAAACCACCCUCGCUGCGCGUCUUCCUGCACCCAAAUCACUUCCGCAUCAACGACUCCCAGGAGACGCUUUCCUAUGCCUCGCCCAUGAAGGAGCUCCUCCAGGCCAUACGCGACAAGGUAGUGCCCCAUAACAUGGUGGAAGACCUUCUCGAACUCAACAUCCCCUGGUACGAUGGCUGUCUGAUCGUCGAGGUCCACGACUAUCGCUCAACUGGCAUCAAGCCCAAGGACGACGCCAAUGGCGCUGCUGAGGCCGGCUCAAACUCCUUCUCCAUUCACAACUAUAACAACUUCAUCACACCUUCGCCUUUUGCACCCUUUCCCUCAGGCAAGCCAGACACGAAGCCUGCGCCUGCACCAUCCCAAGGCAAAGAUGCAGACACGAAAGAAGACAAGGAAAAUAUGCCUGCCCCGAACCAGAAUGGACCCCCACAAAAACAGCGGCCCAAGAAGUUCACCGUCGUUCUUUUCCCCACCCCACAGUCGCAGUUGGCCGACAUUCAGAUCCUGGCCACAACGCCGGUUCCGGAUAUGGCAGCUAUCAAGCGAAUGCAAGCUGCUGGUCGGACGGGUGGUCUGCCCCCAACACCAUUGACCGCAGUUCCUCCCACGCCUACCUUCCCCAAUGGCCCAAGUCCGAAGCGCCAGAAGAUGCUUUUGGAUGACAGUAACAUCCACGAGUUCGAAGCCGAAGUAUACAACGCAACAUGCCCGAAAUUAUAUCUGGAACCCACAAAGAGCUUCGCAGAGUCUCUUGCCUUGAUGGAUGCCAUAACCCAUCCGAACAACAAGAAUCCUGCGCCCCCACGCAAGACCCGCAAGAGGACCACGGCUGAGCUGGCUGCCGAUGAGGCUGAAGCACAAGAUCUGCAACGUUUCAUGUUGGCAGCCGACGGGCACCAGGCUACUACAGCGUCUGCAGCUACCGGUAACGACGACAGUGCAGGCCGCGCGGCGGCCAACUCGCAGACAUUCUCCCGCUUCAAGACAAUCAUGAGCAUCAGAGCCACUCACGAGGAAGUCGAGAGACGCAAGAAGGAGGAGGAGGCCCGCAUUGCCCAGGCCAAACGGCAGGCGCAAGAGGAGGCGGCAGCUCAAAAACAGAGAGAUGCAGAGGCGAGCAGACAGCAGGCCGAAGUCAUGGAAAGACAGCAACAGCUUCUGCGCCAGCAACAACUUCAACAGCAGCAACUGCAGCAAAACGAAGCUAUGCGAGCCGCCAGCGCCGCUCAGCAGCAAAUGUCGAAUGCGGCCCAGCUCAACCAAACACCACAGUCGUUGAGUCAGCCCCAAUUCUCGCCGGUCCUGCGACAGCAAACGCCUAUGGUUGCGGCAGCAGCUUCGCCACACGUAGGUGCACAAGUCUCGCAUGCCAUGGGUAGCACACCAAUGGUUGCUUCCGCUUCGAACAAUGCCGUCGCCAGUCCGGCUCGGCCACCAUCUGCCGUCUCCCACCACCAAAACCAGAUGGCACGAUCUGUUAGUCAACAGCAGAAUAUGAGUCGUACCGGUACACCCCAGAUGGUUCAAGGCACUCCCGUUAUGGGUGCAUCAAUGCCUAACCGCAACAUGACGCCUACGCCGAGCCGUAUAAAUCAGGGCAGCCCGUCCAUAUCGAUGCAAGGACAGACGCCGAUGAUGAUGAACACUCCCCAGCCUGGCCAGAACAUGACGCCCGAAGCCAUACAGCAGUUGCAGGCUCAGCAGCGGAUGCAACAGCUAAGGAUGCAACAAAUGCAGCAGGCAGGGGGUUCACCAGGGAAUCAGCAGUUGCAACAACUCGCACUGCAGAAAGCACACAUGCAUAUCCAGCAACAGGGUGUCCCUGCUGGUCAGAAUCCGCAGACAUACCGGCAGCAGUUGGCCCAAAACUACCUCCGCCAACUUUCACAACAACAUGCGCAACAACAACAACAGCAAGCAGCCCUCGCAAACAUGUCGCCACAGGGUGUUGUAGCGCAUGGUGGUGUGCCGCAACAACCCACUUUGAAUGUCAAUAACUUGAGUCUCCAGCAAAUGCGUCAGCAAUUUGCACAACGAAAACAAACCCUCAUUCAGCAAUUCGGCCCGACCAACAUUCCGCCCAACUACAUGCAGCAGAUGCAGCAACUCGAGGCCGCUAUCAAUGUCAAGAUGCGCCAAGAGCAAGCACAGCAAGCACAAUUGCAGCAACAAAUGAACCCUGGCGGUAUCCAAGGCCAGAUGGGCAAUCAGAUGAACGGCCAAAUGAACGGAAUGCAAAACGUAACCAAUCCUUUGCAGGUCCAACAGCAACAACAGCAAUACCAUCAAUUGCUGCAACAGCAGCGUGCUAACGAAGCCCGCCGCCAACAAAUGAUGCAAAUGCAGCAACGUGCUCUCGCGCAAAAUGGGCAGAUUCCGCAAGGGAUGAUGAACAACAUGCAACAACAAGGCAUGAAUAUGGGGAACAUGACCGGCAACAUGGGUGGGGGAAUGGCCGGCAUGCAGGGCAUGAACAUGGCGCAGAUGCAGGGUCAAAUGCAACAAAUGCAGGGUAUGCAGGGCAUGCAGGGCAUGAAUAUCAGCCAGAUGAACCCGCAGCAGAUGCAGCAGAUGAUGAUGAUGAGGCAGGCGCAGCAGCAAGCUCAAAGGCAGAGCAUGCAGCCGCAGCAGGGCAAUGGAGGAGGGGACAUUAAUUGGAGUGGCGUUUGA